ACCACUGAAACGCCAACUACUGAAUCAACAACAACUACCACGGAAUCACCAAGUACCGAAUCAACAACAACUACCACUGAAACACCGACUACAGAAUCAACAACAACAACUACUGAAACACUCACCACCGAGUCAACAACAACUACUACUGAGACACCGACUACCCAGUCAACAACCACUACCACUGAAACGCCAACUACUGAAUCAACAACAACUACCACGGAAUCACCAAGUACCGAAUCAACAACAACUACCACUGAAACACCGACUACCGAAUCAACAACAACAACUACUGAAGCACUCACUACAGAGUCAACAACAACUACCACGGAAUCACCGACUACUGAAUCAACAACAACUACUGCUGAAACACCAACUACCGAGUCAACAACAACUACCACUGAGACACCGACUACCGAAUCGACAAUAACAACUACUGAAACACUCACUACAGAGUCAACAACAACUAGUUCUGAACCGCCAACUACGGAAUCAACAACAUCUACCACGGAAUCACCAACUACCCAGUCAACAACCACUACUACUGAAUCACCAACUACUGAAUCAACAACAACUACCACGGAAUCACUAACUACCGAAUCAAGAACAACAACUACUGAAACACUCACUACGGAGUCAACAACAACAACUACUGAAAUGCCCACUACAGAUUCAACAACAAUUAGUGAAUCAACAACAACUACCACUGAAAACUCGACUACCGAAUCAACGAUAAAUACUGAUGCAUUACCUGGAACGACUACCUUUACCUUUACAACAACUACUUCGUUAUUACCGGAAACUAGCAUUAACACAACUUCAACUUCUACAACAGAAGAACCUCUUAUUCCAAUAUUUACUUGUGAUUUUUCUAUGACUUCAUGCUUUGAAGGUAGUCAAAUUCUUAUUACAAAUGGAAAUGAAUUCACUCCAGUCGAUAUUAGUGAAGCACCUCGAGCUCCUCUUUCUGACGUUACUUCAAUAAGUGAACUAAAAAAUAAUAAUGAGACAUGCAAAUUACCUUAUCAACCAUCAACAUAUAAUAGUACAACUGCAACUACUUCAGAUAUAUGGUUUUGCUACAAGAAUCAAUGUCUAACUGAAAGCCAACAGUUAGUAAAUUGUACAUCAGGAAAUUAUGGUUUGAUCUCUAUUGAACCUUGGGAAUCAAAUAAGACUCUUAUUCAGUCGAUUAGUCAAGGUGUGAUGAGACGUAACUCUGUUGGAGAACAAUGUCUUCGAUAUUAUUAUUAUUUCACUGUUUAUAAUCAAUUUAAUUGGGGUCAACGAAUUUCAGUAUCGAUUAGACCUAAAAAUGAAAUUACUAAUGAAAUCGAAAUCGAUCAACUCUCAAUUGUCGACAUGGUAGAAAAUCGUUGGCAUCCUAGAAAUAUAACAUUUACUUCAGCAUUUACUAACUAUACUUUGAUCUUUUAUUUUGAAGUUGCAAAUAUUAAUCGAACCGACCAUGCAGCAUUAAAUAAAACAAUUUAUUUUGCAUUGGAUAAUAUUGAUCUCUACAGUCGAAAUUGUCAAAAUGUGAUCGAACCACCUACUAGUCCUAUCACUACUUCACCGAUUGCAUCACAAUCUUCAACGAUGACAACAACAACGAAAGAUACAUAUGAACUGACAGCUUCUCCUUCAAGUAAGCAACAAAUUCUCCCAUAG